CAGGCAAAGGCUGCGAGAGCUGGAUGGCGAGAGGAGGGCUCCGCUGUUGCCCGGACAGUUUCCAAUCCCGGUCAAGCGGUGGUGCUAGCUCUUUGCUGCAGGCUCUCCGCGUUUCCUAAUUUCAUGGUCACAACAGCCUGGGAGCGGAUUCUACCCAAACUGAAAACACAAGGCUCCAUGCUCAGCAGCCCUGUGACGCCAGGAGAGGCCAAUGCCCCCUCCUGUGCCAUUCUCUAGCACAAGAAGGCAGUCUCUGGGCGACAUUCUUCUCAAGCAGGGUACUGGUCUCUUUGGCUGCUGGUUGGAUGUGAUGGAUGCACCUCCGAUCCACAACUUUUUCAUUUGCUGUCUUCUCAAACACACCCCUGGCUCCUCUCUCUCCAUAAGGUGGCCCGUCUGCUGCUGAGCUCUCUGCGUUCGCGGGGAAGCAGCCCGCACCCCGCCGGUCGCCGCCGACCAUGACCAUGACCCUCCACACCAAAGCCUCGGGCAUGGCCUUGCUGCACCAGAUCCAAGGAAACGAGCUGGAGCCGCUCAACCGCCCACAGCUCAAGAUGCCCAUGGAAAGGGCGCUGGGCGAGGUAUACGUGGACAGCAGCAAGCCCGCGGUGUUCAACUACCCCGAGGGCGCCGCCUACGAGUUCAACGCCGCCGCCGCCGCGGCGCCGGUCUACGGCCAGCCGAGCAUCGCCUACGGCCCCGGGUCCGAGGCGGCCGCCUUCGGCGCCAGCAGCCUGGGGGCCUUCCCCCAGCUCAACAGCGUGUCGCCCAGCCCGCUGAUGCUGCUGCACCCGCCGCCGCAGCUGUCGCCCUUCCUGCACCCGCAGGGCCAGCAGGUGCCCUACUACCUGGAGAACGAGCCGAGCGCCUACGCCGUGCGCGACGCCGGCCCUCCCGCCUUCUACAGGUCCAAUUCGGAUAAUCGUCGCCAGAGCGGCCGAGAGAGACUGUCCAGUAACAGUGAGAAGGGAAGCAUGACCGUGGAGUCGGCCAAGGAGACCCGCUACUGUGCAGUGUGCAAUGACUAUGCCUCUGGCUACCAUUAUGGGGUCUGGUCCUGUGAAGGCUGCAAGGCUUUCUUCAAGAGGAGUAUUCAAGGACAUAAUGACUACAUGUGCCCAGCUACAAACCAAUGCACCAUUGACAAGAACAGGAGGAAGAGCUGCCAGGCCUGCCGGCUGCGCAAGUGCUAUGAAGUGGGCAUGAUGAAAGGCGGGAUACGGAAAGACCGACGAGGAGGGCGAAUCCUAAAACACAAGCGCCAGAGAGAUGACUUGGAAGGCAGAAAUGAGAUGGGGCCUUCUGGAGACAUGAGGGCCGCCAACCUUUGGCCAAGCCCUCUCGUGAUUAAGCACACGAAGAAGAACAGCCCCGCCUUGUCCUUGACAGCUGACCAGAUGGUCAGUGCCUUGUUGGACGCUGAGCCGCCCUUAAUCUAUUCUGAAUAUGAUCCUUCCAGACCCUUAAGUGAAGCUUCGAUGAUGGGCUUAUUGACCAACCUUGCAGACAGGGAGCUGGUUCAUAUGAUCAACUGGGCAAAGAGAGUGCCAGGGUUUGGGGACUUAAAUCUCCAUGAUCAGGUCCACCUUUUAGAGUGUGCCUGGCUGGAGAUCCUGAUGAUUGGUCUCGUCUGGCGCUCCAUGGAGCACCCGGGGAAGCUGCUGUUCGCUCCGAACUUGCUCCUGGACAGGAACCAGGGGAAGUGCGUAGAGGGCAUGGUGGAGAUCUUUGACAUGCUGCUGGCGACAUCAACCCGGUUCCGCAUGAUGAACCUGCAGGGCGAAGAGUUUGUGUGCCUCAAAUCUAUCAUUUUGCUUAACUCGGGAGUGUACACUUUUCUGUCCAGCACCUUGAAGUCUCUGGAAGAGAGGGACCACAUCCACCGAGUCCUGGACAAAAUCACAGACACUUUGAUCCACCUGAUGGCCAAAGCUGGCCUGACUCUGCAGCAACAGCAUCGUCGCCUAGCCCAGUUCCUCCUCAUUCUUUCCCACAUCCGGCACAUGAGUGACAAAGGCAUGGAGCAUCUCUAUAACAUGAAAUGCAAGAAUGUCGUGCCCCUCUACGACCUGCUGCUGGAGAUGCUGGAUGCCCACCGCCUACAUGCGCCAGUUAGUCGCAUGGGAGUCCCCCAAGAGGAGCCCAACCACAGCCAGCUGACCACCACUAGCCCCACUUCAGCCCAUUCCGUACAGACCUACUACAUCCCUCCAGAAGCGGAGAGUUUCCCCAACACGAUCUGAGAGCUCCCCGGCUCCCCCAUGGUUCUGAGAAUCCCUGAAGCAUUUUUACCCAUGUCAUGUAUCACUUUAGCCGAAUUCUGUCUCCUGUGUCACACUCUGGCAUGCGCCCACCGUCAGCGGCUUUCUAGUAUGAGUGGCUGUUCAUUUGCUUGCUCAGUUCUUAGUGGCACGUCUUCUAUUGGGAACAGCCAAAAGGGAUUCCAGGGCUAAAUUUCGGCAACAGCUCUCUCCCCCUAUUGCUACAUCACUAAGUGUGAGGAUUCCUAUAGUCAUCAUGACUGAAUUGACAUGACCGCAUUGAAGCUACUUGUUGAGACCCAGGCCUAGAGAGUAUACAUUUCACCUCUGAGAAGCACUUUGUAAAGGCUCCAAGAGUAAGCCUUAGCAGCAUUAGUAAACCUUGAAGUGGCUCCCGUCAGUGAAGCCACAGUGAAAGCUAUCUCAUGGGUUCUUUAUAACACCAACCUGUAGUCCUAUAGCGACACGUGACUUUACUAAAGGGAAAUCUUGAGCCUCUAUAGGAAUAUAAAAUUCACACAGGAAAGAAAGAUUCCCCUACUUGUCAAGAUUAUGUCCACUUAAUACACUGCACUUUCUGGUUUCUAAAGUGUCAACUGCCAAGCACUAUACACAGGCCAUGAGUUCUAGAUAAUUCUUGCUUCCCAUGACUUUCGGUAACCAGCAAGUCAAUGUCAGUUAACACCCUGAUAUGAAUUAGUCUCCUUCAUGAAGGCUGUAGGGUGUUUUGAUUUUCUUUGAUUCUCGUCUUCUAAUAUCCUUCUGCCUCUGGGGCUUGCAGUGAAGGUGGCUUGGGGACCUGUGCUUCGGAAUCCAGCAUUCAGCAGCCCAGGAUACUUCCUUGUCUCUUCCCCCAUGGGAACUGCCCCCAAUUGUUCCAGUGGAGCAGCUAAGGGCAGUUGCAAUGAGCCUGUACCCUGGUGAUACAGUUUGUUUUGCUUAGUUUUAUUCUCGAGUGAAGGGAGACAAAUAAUAAAUGUACAAUGACUGUGAAUCAGAAGAAGCAUGAACGAGAAGGAGAGUACGGGAGAGACUGGAAAAACUGGGAGAAAUGUGCACGCCACAGGCAGCAACUUCCCACGGGUGCAUUUCAGGCUCCACCAUUCUCAGUGGGGCUGACCUGGGAUCCACUGUCUGUUUGUGUUUACAUUUCAGGUAUGACCCUGAUCGAAAGAGGCAACUGUAGAUUCCUGUGCUCCUAUAGUUCUUGUAGCAGCUUGGCAGGAGGCAUGGAGGAUAGGUCUUGGAGCACUCAUGACUCAAGUUGCUGAGGACUUGCUCAGACUAGAGUGUCCUUAACUACUCAGAACUCAUCCAAACAAAUAUCAGCUGGUGUGUCUUGGGGAGAACCCCUCCUCCCCUGCCCCAGUGGCUCAUGUUCUUAUACUUUAUGAGCCAGAGAAUGAGACCAGAAUUGUCCCAUGAGCAUCUUUUGGCCAAGGGGGCAAAAAGAAUGGCUAACUCUAACCACAGCCACCCCAAAGUCUAUGGGGUCUUGGCCUCUCUAGUGCAACUAAGAAUUAUUUCCUUUUCUUAACCAAAAUGAAAGUCCAUUUUUCCCCCCUGACUUUAUGAUCUAUAAUUUGAACUCUAUUGAGAUGUGAUGUGUUAGCCAACAGCCCAGGUGAAUGGAUAGGCUUCUCUUGGUCAGUCCUAUUUGGAAUAGAGGGUUCGAUUAAUUUUUGGUCUCCCAGUUAAGUGACUACCAAAGAAGUGGGAAGCUGGGAGGGCCAAUAUUUUUUCUUCUUUUUUCAUAUUUGUGCAUCAAAUUCUGGGACAUUUUUAUGUAUCUGCUUUAAGAAUAUGUUUAAGAAUAUAAUUCUUUUGUUUGUGUUUGUUUAAGAAGCACCUUAUAUAGUAUAAUAUAUAUUUUUUUGAAAUUGAAUUGCUUGUUUAUCAGACAAUUGAAUGUAAUAGUUCUGUUCUGCAUUUUAAUUUGACUGGGUUAACAUUGCAAAAAAACAAGGAAAAUAUUUAGUUUUUUUGUAGACUUUUCAAGCUACCGUCAUGUAUGCCGUUACUAAUGCCUAAAGCCUGGUGGUUUUCAUUUAAAUGAAGAUCACAUUUCAUAUCAACUUUUGUAUCCACAGUAGACAAAAUAGCACUAAUCCAUAUGUCUAUUGUUGGGUGUUGAAUGAUAGACAAUCUUAUGUAGCAGAGAUUAUGCCUGAUAAGGAAAAUUAUUCAGGGCAGCUAAUUUUGCUUUUACCAAAAUAUCAGUAGUAAUAUUUUUGGACAGUAGCUAAUGGGUCAGUGGGUUCUUUUUAAUGUUUAUACUGAGAUUUUCUUUUACAAAAACAAAAAUUAAAAAAAAAACUUCUAGGACUUUAGAUGAUGUAAUACCAGCUAAAUCCAAACGAUACUAUAGUGGAGGGUCUUACAUUAUCUAUCUACUGUGUUUGUAUUCAUGUUAUGAUAAUACAUUUGAAAUGGGCAGAGAACAUCAGACAGCUGAAGUGUUAGCCCAAGAAUUUCAAACAAGGUUUGAAAAUCUUUUUUUUUACCCUUAUCUGAAGUGCCAAUUUUGAGCAGCUGAUAUAUUUCAGCUGCUGCUGUGUUGGGGUACUGGGGGCAUGCCAGAGAGUCAUACCCAUUAUUUCCCCUCACCUGGAGGCAAUUUACAGUUUGAAUGUCAUGAUCUACCUAGAGAGUCACGAUGGGGUAGGUAGGUAGGUAGAUCUAGGAAUCCAAAGGAAGGGGGAAAUGGGAAUAAAAUGUAUGGAAAUUAUUCUGGCACUUUGACUGUGCCCCACAUUUCAAAAUUUCACUUCUGUCUGCACUGUAAUAAAAUAACACCUAGUUCCAUUGGUAGCCAUUUUCAAAAUGGUGGCUUGAGUGCUGAGGAAGAGUGGGCAGCAGCAGUGAAAUCCAAAGAAUAAUACAGCAAGAGGUUUGCCUAAGUUUCUUUUAGCCAUUGCUUAUCUUGCUGAUUUGAUUCUGGUCAUCCAAAGAGAAAACCAUAUCAAUGUAGGUGACAAAAAUACAGUCUCCAAGGAUGUGCCGUCUUUGAUAGAUUUCCCUGGUAACAUUGCAGAUAUGUUUUUCCAUACCAUAUCUCAUGCCUUUGGGGGCUGAACAAGUAAGUGACUUACUGAUAAUUUCCUUUUAAUCACAUUGUGGUGUCCACACUUUGGAGUCUUGUACAUUGAAAGGUCAUUGACUCCAGCCAUUGGUUUAUAGUUAUGCAUAUCCCUGCAUGAACUCAAUUACAAAUCUCUUCCUAUUCAUACUUUGCAACUCUGAGAUGUAUCGUGGAUACUGAGAAUGAUGGCUAGGACCAUAGUAAUGUCUAAUAGUCUCAGUCAUAUCUGCUUGGGGAACCUAAGUCUUUUAAAGGCAAACAGAGUCAUACAGUAGCACAAGGCAACCAUCAUUCUCUUUGGUGCAAGUCUUGGAGGGUGAUCCGGCUUCCACUGCACACUUCCUAAACUAACUCCGUGAAAAUUUACUCUCUUUCAACUGGAGCAAACAAAUUUAACUGUGGUCCCAAAUAUCCGCCUUUUCAUUAGCACGAGUAUGCUUUAUUUCCAGCUUCAUAUCUUUUCCAUGUAAAUUAAAGUGUGGUCUCUUUUAAAGUCCUUUAAACUUGUUUUCUAAGUGAUUGCUGUCUCAAUUAUGGCACUUCAAUUUUGCACUGUUUUUCAGAGACUUAAGAAAAAUUUCUAUUUGCUUUUUUCUUUCUAUAGCAUCCAAAUGUGCCUGAACUUUUAAAAUAUGUAAAUGCUGCCAUGUUCCAAGCCCAUCUUUAGUGUCUUUUUACAGAGCUGUGCACCCUGGAAAUAACAUACAGUCCCAUGAGCAGGUGCCUGAGACAUGGACCCCUUUGCCCCACAGAGAGGUCGUUGGUCAUAGAGACUUGAAUUAAUAAGUGACAUUAUGCCAGUUUAUGUUCUUUCACAGCUUACAAACAAUGCUUUUUGUGCACUACAUAUUCUUCAGUGUGGAGCUCUUGUUUUCUGAGGAAAGGCACAGAUGCCCAAUUGUGUUUGAUGGAUUACUACAUACUUCUGAUGCAUUCUACUAUUGAUGUGAUUCUGUUUCGUCUCAGCUUGCUUUGUUUAAUGAAACACACCUGUAAGCCUCUUUCGCACCUUGAAACAGUGAAGAAUCCAAUGGGAUGCUCAAGCACCUGUAAACCAUCUUCCCCACAUAUUUGAUGUUCAAAUAAAAAAUAAACUAAAGGAAA